UACAGAUGGACGUAACCUCUUAGUUGUCAGUAGAUUUGAGUGGCGGUUGGGUCAAAAACCUGCACUGUCCCCAAUUAACUGAAGGUCUCCUUGAACUUUAUCAUAAAUAAUCUCCACGUGUAAUUCAACUCGUUAUCUAUCAUCUCUUCGAUCUCCUUUAAUUCGCCAAAUUUCAUACCACGACUUAAACUUCAAAGAUAAAGCCAAAAUAAUGGAAAUCUCACAACUAUUCGAGUUCAUGGAGUUGGUUGGGAGACUUAAGCAUAUGAAACGUACUGGGUGGGUCCGUUUGGGUAUCAAUGACCCAGAAAGUAUUGCUGGCCAUAUGUACAGGAUGGCUCUUCUGGCAACUCUCGUUGAUACAAAGGAAAAUAUCGAUAAAGCCAAGGUGAUGGAGAUGGCUUUAGUACACGACCUUGCAGAGGCAAUUGUCGGCGACAUCACUCCCCACUGUGGGGUAUCCGUCGAGGAGAAGCAUCGUCUGGAGGAUGAUGCAAUGAUCGAGAUCUCCAAGCUGCUCGGGAAUAAAGGCCCAGACACACUGAAACUCUUUAGGGAAUAUGAAUUGCGUGAAUCCCCAGAGGCAAAAUACGUUAAAGACUUGGAUCGGCUGGAUCUGAUCAUGCAAGCUUAUGAAUACGAGAAACGAGAUCAGCGCAGUGGUCAAUUAGAUGAGUUCUUCUCUGAAACUCCAAAAAUUAGUCACCCUCUACUCAGCAAGGUGGCCAACGAGAUCAUGAUAAGAAGAGCUGCUGCGAUUGCUUCGUCAACUAUUACUCACUAAUGCUCGUAAAGUUUGAAGCGUACGAAGUAAACGUACAAACAAAAUUACUACCUUGUCAAUCAAAAAAUUAUCCAAAAGAUUAGCAUUAAAUGAUACUCUUAUCAAAGAUAUUUACAAGUGUCCUUAAGCUUCAAAAUA